AUAUAACCCGGCCCUCAGUGAUGUUGUGCCCCGUCGCAUUCCGACAUGUCUGACCUGCAAGAGAAGAUAAUCGAACUCGGAUUCCAAUUAUUUUCCAUCAAGCUGUACUGGGUCGCCGCCUCCGCUUGGUGGUUUUACGAGUAUUUCCUCACCUUUGAUGACGAGGUUAAUUAUGCUUGGAAGGGCAGAAAGACGCCGGUUUUCUGGCUAUUUAUCUUGAAUCGCUAUCUCGCUCCCUGCUACAUUGUGAUCACGCUCUUUGCCUACUUUUCUCCACAAUGGACGCUGGGUGUUUGCAGUCGAUACGGAUUCAUGGAGACGUUUGAGACCGUCACACUCACGACCACUGCCCAGCUAUUCAUCGCCCUCCGAGUGUACGCUAUCACCGCGAAACAUAAAUUAUUCCCCGCCUUCACGAUCCUGGUCCUCCUUGCACAGUGGGGAAUCGCGAUAUAUGCCAUGUCGCAAUCGAGUCUGGGAACUGACCAAGUGGCUCUUCUGCUCCCAGUCCGCCGUGACAUCGAUUCCUCGGUGGCGGCAACGAUACCCGCUUUGCCCGUUUUGCCAACGAUCGAUCCAUAUCAUAUCUGCAUUUUCAUCUCGACACUCACUGUGACACCGUACGUGAAAGCCUUCCUGGGCCUGGCCUUGGCGUACGAUACCAUCGCCUUCCUCGUGAUCUUCGGUGUCACACUGCGCCGCCAGCGCUCGUACAAGCUCUUGCCCAUCAUCCAAGUCAUUCAGCGGGAUGGGAUCAUGUACUUCCUCAUCCUCUUCAGCUCGAACCUGCUCUGGGUGCUGCUAAUUCAAUACGCUCCGCCAGCCCUCAAGUUCCUUCACAACCAGCCGGCCAUGCUUGUUUCGUCGGUGAUGAUAACCCGCAUCACAUUGAAUCUGAAGAAGGCAAGCCAGUCGCAGACGGUGAUUUCAUGGGGCGUGCACACAUUUGAAGCAACGCCGUGGCAAGCGCUGGGAUCGAAUGCUACUGAGCUUAGCACAUUCCGGGCAGCAAGGAAGAGGUCAAACAACGAGGGCUCCGAGACUAUGUACUAAUCAGUUAAUAUUUUACUAUUUAUUUAUUGCUAUUUAAUGCAUGGUUCCGGGGCAGAUUUCAGGCGAACCAGGGCGAACCCAACUCCUUAUAUGUACUUGAAACACUGGGAAAUCCUCGGCAUGCAUGAAGUGUGCCUGUGUUGUCUACGGUAUAGAAAUAUAUAAUCUACUGGUGAAAAG